UCCGCCCCGGCGGCGCCCCGGGAGCUCGCGGUCCGGCACAGCCUCUUUUGGCACCUAGGCCUCCAGGUGCCCAGCACGAAGGCGGAGCCGGGUUCCGGCCGCCUCCCCGGCGCCAGGGACAAGACCCCCGGGAGCUCGGGGCCCCAGCGCCGCGGUUCGGGUGUCCCCAGCCUCCCCCGACUCCCCGCGCUCCUCCCUCUGGAGCGCCGGGCGCGAAGCCUGCGGAGCGCGGACAGGGCGCAGAGUGCAGAGCCGGCGGCGCAGGCGGGGCAGCGCGGGGCCUGGGCAGCCCCGAGCGCACCCGGAGCCGGAGCCGGAGACCGAGCCCGCCCGCCCGCCUGAGCGCCGGCCGCUGGACGCGCGCACCAUGGCCGCCGAGGCACUCGGCUCCGGCGCCCGGCUGUGGGCGGCCGCGCUGCUCCUGCUGGCUGUGCCGCGCUUCUGCGUGCGGGCGGAUGGAAAGCUCUUUGUGAUAGAGUCCCUGAAUGGUUCUCAGGGAUUUCAAUUGGAAGUGGCUCGACUUGCCUGCAAAAACAGGGGUGCUCACCUAGUGUCUGUCGAAGAGCUACGGAGGGUGGUCCAGGACUGUACUUUCCCAGUGUGCACCACGGGCUGGCUGGCGGAUGGCACAGUUGGGACAACCGUGUGUAGUAAAGGGAGUGGUGAGCAGAAGAUCAUGAGAGCUGCUGAGGUGAACGUUGAGAGCGACCCUGUCCCUGGGGGGACACACAAUGCCCUUUGCAUCAAGGAUGAAGAGAAGCCGUGUGGAGACCCGCCUUCAUUCCCACACACCAUCCUGCAGGGACGCACCGGCUUAGAGAUGGGGGAUGAGCUGCUGUACGUGUGUGCCCCAGGCCACGUCACAGGCCACCGGGAAACCGCCUUCACCUUGCUGUGUAACAGCUGUGGUGAGUGGUAUGGCCUGGUACAGGCCUGUGGGAAAGAUGAAGCUGAAGCACAUAUUGACUAUGAAGAUAAUUUCCCUGAUGACAGAUCCGAAUCAUUCAGGGAGCUCAUGGAGGAUUCCCGGACAGAGCCAGAGGAGGACAGGGGUCAGGGACAGGCCUCCGAGGAAGCUCCUAAACAGGACCCUCUUGUCUCUGUUUCUUCAGGGAGAGAAGACAAAUUCCAGGAUGCAGCUUUGGUACCAACGACAGGCUUGCCCAAUGCUGGGACCAGUGUCCCCACAGACCUGUCAGGAUCCCAACUAAACCAGAAGUACUUAUUCUGGUUUCCUGCUGAACCUUUCCACAAACCUGAAUUGGAAAAGGAGAUGGACGAUGACACCAAGAAACAGCUUCCUACCGGCGACAAACAUAGUGGUGUCACACUGGCCCCGGGUGAAGCUGAAACCAAGGGGACCUAUAGCACCACUGAUGAUCCCUCAGGGCCAUUUGUGGACAGGAAUGACAGCAAGGCAGGGGACUCAAUGGUGAGCAGCAGUGAUGAAUCUUGGUUAGAUGGCUACCCUGUGACUGAUGGGGCUUGGAGAAAGACAGAAGCCGAAGGAGAAGAAGAUGAGGACAAGGGAGAUGGGUCAGUAGUACUGGAAGAAAGUGCUCUGGUUACUUCCAAUCAACCCAUUCUUGUGGAAGUUAAGAACUCCAGGAGCACUACCCUCACACCAAGUGACGACAUGACCCAUAGUUCGAUUUUUCCACAUCAGUUGCAAGAUAUAGAAGCUUUGGCUCUCAGACCCAUUAAUGUGUCUGAAACAGAGGCCCCCAGCAAGGAGAAUGGUGACUUGACCAAGUACCAGUCAACUUUUCCUUGGAGAUUUGCCACAGAGAGGCCUCCCAUGGCCACCUUACCCUCAGAACUCACCAGUUCCACCCUGAAGACAGUAACAACUGUCCAGCAGAUGCCUGACCACAUCCUCCCAACAAUCAUGACAACCACCCAGACUCCAAUGGAGACCACUGCUUCUGAGGUCCAGGAUAGUUUCCCAUACCUGUUGUCUGAAGACUUCUUGGAGCAGGAAGGCCCUGGGCCACGUGGGAAUGAAGAGCUUCUCCCAACCUUGCAGCCGUGUGUAGGGGAUGAGUGUCCCAACCUCAGUAGAGGGCCCAUCAUUGCCACCAUUGUCACUGUCCUGUGCCUGCUGCUGCUCCUGGCUGCCAUUGGGGCAGUGUGGGGCUACCGCAGGUGCCAGCACAAGAGCUCCGUGUACAAGCUGAACGUUGGCCAGCGGCACACUCGGCACUACCAGCAACAGAUUGAGAUGGAGAAGGUCUAGCCUCCUGCAGGGUCUCCCAAGGGCCCCUGGGAGGAGAGUGACCUGUGUCACGUCACACUGACAAACACAGAUAAUUCUCUAGAGCAUGAAGCAGGUGGAGUAGGACUCAGCCUUUUCUUUUCUCAGGUCUUUUGUUUCGGAGGCUAACAAGUGCCUCUAGAGGCACCUGGCAAGACAGGAAGGCUUUGGUGGCAUCAUCACACAUCAGUGUCUCCUCAGUCAUCUGCCCUAGAAUGUAUUGCACUAAUCCCAGACUUGUGCUUAGAGCCAUCUCUCAACAUGAGGUCAGAACUCACCUCUUGCUUCAUUCACCAUACUAUUGUCUUCUUUCCUUUCCUCAAGAAAGAAAGUGACUAAAUCUGGGGCUUCAGUAUGUUUAAAUCAUUGUGAUAAACAGAGCAUUUGAAAGCAGUAUUAUUUAAGAGGUAGGUAUUUGACGGAUGGGAGUAGGCACUAGAAGGAUAAUGGGUCGUUUCCUUUUAAUGUUAUGCUGUUUCUAAAAGUAGAUGAGCCAAGAACCAGGACAUGGUCUUGAGGUUUUGGAGCUUAUUUGUUUAUUGGAAUUGAAGCAGAUUGUAAGACUGAAAUUUUUUUUUUUGGCGGGGGGGAGCUGUUGCGUGAGGAGUUGUGGGAUACACAUUUUGUAGCUCUUCUCUCUGUUUUGUGGGGCAGCCCAUCAUUUUUCAAAAACAAGGUUAGCUUUGUACCAGUAAGCACCAUUUCCUCUCAGGAGCAGCGCCUAGUUGUCUUGGACCAGUCAAAGCCUAGGAAUGUCUUAGAAUGUUUGCCAGAAUGAAUACAACCCAGUCCUGGUUUCCUUGGGAUUAACUAUUUCUCUGAACUCCAGUAAGAGGGAAUCACAAAAGAGGGAAAAGGUGUUGAGAGAAGCUCAGGGACUAGGGUAUCAAGUGUGGGCACUGACUUGAUGGAGAAGCAGAGGAACUGAGAGAGAAUGUGAAAUAAUCUGGGCCAAUCUAGUCUUUACUCUGUUGUGGAAAUUGUGAGGUCUAAGUCCAGGACAGAUUCAUUCUGACAGUUGAAUAACCUGUUCAUUUUAAGGCACCUGCAUCAUUUUAUCAGAACUCAGCAAAUACCCUCUGUGACAGUGGCCCUCAAGUCGUGGUCCACAGAGCCACACCAGCAUCACCUGAACUUGCUAGAGAUGCCAAUUUUCUAGUUUCACCCCAAAGCUGUUGUGAAUUGAAGAUAACUCAGCGUGGUGACAACAGCUCUGUUUCAGCCAUCCCCCCCCCCCCCCCGUGUCAUCAUAACCUGCACUCAAGUUUGAGAAGCGCUGGUUGAUGGUGACAGGGACUCUGAGCAUUGAAACCAGCUCAGAGCAGCACUAGAGGCGCAGGCAAUGGGCAACACCUGUGGUUUGUCUUACUCGAAAGUCAGGUAUUUGUGUGCAUGUGAGCUAGCGUGCUAUGUGGUCAGGAUGCUAUCGCCAAUGGUUCCUAUGAAUUGGCACAAAAACAAAGCACAUUAUGUUUUUCUAACACAGAUCAUCUUCUCAGAAGUGGCUUUCUAUGUUUAAAAAGUGAUG